CAGGGGCCUAGAUAUAAAGGACCCCUUCCCAAACGGAGACGUCCAGAAGCAAAUCGCCUCUCGUUCAGUUCAGAUCUUGGCAGAAGAGACUUUUCUAAUCCUAACAGGAGCAGCUGUAUUUUCGCAUUAAAAUAGUCGGGACAAUGAUGAUCCCCAGUGUUUUUGCACCACCUGCAAUUUAUUCAGCAUUUAUGCAUCCUGCAGCAUCGUUGCAUUCACCUUUCCCGGCUCACCCGAGCUUUCUGGUGGAGGACCUCCUGCGCAUCAACAGACCCAGCGGUUACCUGAACCAGGACGCGCACUCGCCAUGCGCCUCUCCUCCUACUGCAACGCCUCUUUCCAUCCCGGAUCACUCCAGGCUAUUGGACAGAGUCAGCCCCAGCAUCACUGAGAAACAUGGAUCUUGCUCCCCAAAAACGCCAGUGUCUAGCAAGGAUCCAACCUACCUCAAGUUUGGGGUGAAUGCCAUCUUGGCACCGUCACCAAAGAAAGCCACAUCUCCACUCUCCGUUCACGGCAUGCUUCCCAAAGGAUUCUCGGUGCCUUAUUUUGAUGGUUCAUUCUGCCCUUUCGUCCGUUCCUCAUACUUCCCUGCGCCUUCAUCGGUUGUGCCCAUUCCUGGAACUUUUUCCUGGCCUCUUGCAGCGAGAGGGAAGCCCAGAAGAGGGAUGCUUCGCCGGGCAGUGUUUUCUGAUGUGCAGCGCAAAGCUCUGGAGAAAAUGUUCCAGAAGCAAAAAUACAUCAGCAAGCCAGAAAGGAAAAAACUCGCAGGGAAACUCGGACUGAAAGAUUCACAGGUCAAAAUCUGGUUCCAGAACCGGCGAAUGAAAUGGAGAAACUCCAAGGAGAGGGAGCUGCUGUCUGCAGGCGGCUGCCGAGAACAAACCCUGCCAACCAAAACAAAUCCUCACCCAGAUCUCAGCGACGUGGGUAAAAAGUCUUCUGAGGAUGAGGAAGAUGAUGCUUGCGCUACAUCACAUUUCUGUCAACUUUCAAACAGCACUGAUUCCAGCAUUUCAUUCAAACACUCGGACUUUUCUGAAUCAGAGGAUGAAAUAACAGUUUCAUAAGCAACCUAAUCAGCUGUAUAAUGUAUGUAUUCAAGCACAAGUGUACGCCAAAACCAUGCUGUGGUUUUAUUGGCGUAUAAUUUCACUGCUACGUUCGAGUGUUUGUAGCAAAUCUUUUCCACAUCAGUUUAUAAUUACUUAUUUGGAAAUUCUUCGCAAAAUGAUUUGCUGUGUCGCACAGCUUUUUGGGGAGAACUGUACAGUAUUUUGUACAAAUAUUUUUGUAUGGAUAUUUUAUACCAAGAAUUUUGAGUUUUAGAUUCUUUAUUAAAGUUGUAGACGUAUGUAUAAUUUAUACGAAUUUAUCUCUUUGUGCCACGUUGUAUGCAUAUGUAUAUGUUGAAAAUGUUUUGUAUUGUUUGCAAUAAAUUGUAAAUUUCA